CACGUUGAACCAUGCCUGUGUAGCUAUUUCAUUUAACACGUUAUUAUGAUACGUGUCUGAUAUGAAUCUUGAGGCUUUAAAUAAAUUUGUACAAAAUAUCGAUUCAUUUUUAUCGGAUCGAUUAUUGAAUAUUGUAAAAGAGAAAUUUUCUGAUGAUAAAAUAAAAGCACUUCGAUUGCCCGAUUGUUUAUCAAGUAAUCAAUUGGAAUGUCUUUAUGAAUCAUUGUCUUCGGAUGAUUCGGAGAUUCGUCUCAAUAUUAUGGCCGAUUGGUUUUAUCCGAACACUGAAAAUAUUUCAAUCAUUCGAUCAUCGAAAAAAAUUGGAUUAAACGAUAGUGCUUCAAAUGUGCUUGUCGAUAAUCGAUCUCCUAUUUGUUUAAAAUUACAAUCAGUGCAAUCAAUCAAAGAUCUAUUGUUAAAAUUUUCGAUCAACAAAUUGAAAAAACAAACUUCCCGCUUGAAUGAUCAACAACAACAACAACACCAACAACGAUUUGGAAAUAGUAAUUUUAAUCUAUUUACAUAUUUCGAUACAAAACCAACUGUCCCGAAAUUUAUACACAAACAAUGCAAUGAUGGAUCAUCGAUCAAUAUUGUUAACAAUGAAAUCGAAAAUCGAUUGCUUACAUCACCAUCACUAUUAUGGUCAGGAUCGUCGAAAAUACAGAUCUUAAAUGGAUUGAGUAAAAAUGAUUGUCUCGAUUUAUUGAUACAGAUCAAUAAUGAUUGUUCACAAAAACAACAAUCAUGUCGUAUUGUUUAUUUACAAUCAUCAACAAUCAUGACAUUUUGGAUGGCACUGGCAAUCAAACAAAUGGCCAAUGAUAAAUGGAAUUCGAUUGGUUAUCAGAUCAUGUUGGAAAGCAAAACAUCGUUGAACAAUAGUAUUAUAUUUUUCGAAAUUGCUACAUUUAUUCGAGCAUUGACAAGAGAUUUAGAUAUGAGUCUUUUAACCCAUUUGAUUAUCGAUGUCAAUGAUCUGACAAGUUUAUUUUUCAAUCUAUUUUUAUUGUUUCUUAAAGAAAAUAUCGAUAGUUUGAAACAUUUAAAUAUAAUAUUUCUAACACAAGAUUCUAAACGUUCACAAAAAAUGAUUGAUUAUUUUGGUCCGAAUAUAUUCUAUAGUAAUAUGGCUGAAAGGAAUUCAAUCGAUUAUAAUAUAUCUAAUUUGCAAUAUUUUUUUCUCGAUGAUUUACAACGAAUUUCCAUUGCAACUAAUUCAUGUGAAAUUCAACAUGAAAAUGAACAGGUUACAACAUCGAUACAUGAAAAUCAUUCUGAAUUAAUUAUAUACGAAUGUUGGAUAGAAAAUGUUGAAAUUAAUAAGAUGAUUGAAUUUUUUCAAAUGUUUCCAUGGCAAAUUAAUUAUCAAUGUAAACGAAUUGAAGGUGUUACACCAUUGAUCACAGCCAUUGUUCGUGGAAAUCAUUCAAAUGUUUAUCAAUUAUUAAGAAUGGGUGCCGAUCCUUGUAUACCAUCGAUGAAUGGUUUGGAACCAAUUCAAUGGGCCAUCCAAUUUCGUCGACAACAAUCAUUUCAAUUAUUAUUUGUACAUCUUUACACUAAGAAUGAAUCAUUCAAUUUACAUAUUCAUCGUCAUUUGAAUUUUUCUAAUCGUCAACCACAAACAACAGUCAAUACUUCAAUGAAUAAAUCUUAUAGUACAUCUUAUUCGGUAGUAAACUAUGAUCUAAUUCUACAACUUUUAUACAAUAUGAUCAAACAAUUAUAUCAUAAUCAUUGGAGUACGAUGGGUCAAUCUUCAAUCGGUUCAAUAUUAAUAAUGUUACCAUCAUAUAAUCAUGUUAGUACAUUACGUAAAUUGAUAAUCUCAUCAAUGAUUGAAGUACAAGUUGAAUUUACCAUAUUCUGUCUAUAUCCGAAUGUACCGAAUAAUGAAUUGGAUGCCGGUAUUGAAAUAUCAUCAUCAUCUAAUCAUAUACGAGUUAUAUUGUCUACAUUUAAUGUUGAUUCAAUCCUAUUCAAAGAUAUCAUUUAUAUUAUCAAUACUGGAAAUCGUUUAAUGAAGAUGCCAAAUUUAUUUAGUGAUGUUACUUUAUAUCGAAUGGUUCCUAAUCCAACUGAAAACAUGGAAACAAAAUUUUUGUUAGCUAAUAAUCAAAAAUUUCCUGUUAUUAUAUGGAAUCUUUAUCGUCGUAAUGAAUUUUUUGAUUAUGAAAUUGAUUCGAUGAAUGGUCCGUUCAGUAUCUCUUCAAAUGAUUCAUUAUAUCAUUGUAUAUUUGCUGCUAAAUGUUUUGAAUUUAAAAAUACUGAUUGUUUGAUGGAUAUUUUUAACCGAAUGAUAUUACCACCAAACAAAGAAAUCAUUUAUCGUGCAUUGAAUUUCAUGCGAAAUAUUAAUGUUUUAGAUAUGGACGAAAACCUGACAACAUUGGGUCAAAUGUUGAUUGAUAUUUCGAUCGAACCACAUUAUGCAAAAAUGAUUAUUUUUUCAAUAUUACUUCGAUGUUUGGAUCCAAUAUUGACCAUUGUGUGUGCAUUGUCUUCGCCUAAAUCACUCUAUCAACAAUUACAAGCUGAUUCAUUACAAUUGCUGGAUGAGGAUAACCAACAGGAUGAAUUUCAUUCAAUUCGUAAUGGCAUGAACAAUUCACAAAUGCAUCGAAUAUCGAAAAUUUCUGAUCAUUUAAAUUUUGUAUAUGCAUUUCAAAAGUGGCAAGAGAUUUGUCGUUUAAAUGCAAAAUCUUACAGUUCGGCCAAUCAUAUCUUUUCUAAAACGGCUAAAGUAAUGAUAAAUAAAAAUGAAUUUAAAGAAAGUUUUGCUACAUUCGAAAUGAUCUAUUCAUUGCGUACGAAAAUAUUGGGCCAACUUCGAGCAAUUGGUCUGGUGAAAGGAAAAGGCUUAAUGAACAUACGUUAUUUGAAUUCAAAUUCAGAUAAUUUUUCAUUAAUAUUAGCAGCCAUAACUGCUGGACAAGUAUCGGAUCAUUUUGCACAAAUUAUUAACUCUGAAAAUCGCCAAUUUCGAGGUUUAAAUUUUAAUGAGAUACUUUAUAUGGAACCAAAUUCUAUUCUAAAUGUAUCGUCGAAUAACAUCGAAUCCAAAGGAGCAUUAAUUUUAUUCGAUCGAAAAAUUCAAUGUGGUCAAAUGUCUUAUCUACAAAAUUGUACAAUAAUCAGUCCACUUACAUUCAUCUUAUUUAUUGAUGAUAAUUCUAUGGACUAUAAUUGUAAUAAAAACUGUAUCGAAUGUAUGAAUGGUCAAUUUGAAAUUCAUAAUGAUGAUGAUGAUGAUAAAGAAAGCGGAAAUGAAUUGGAAAAAUUAUUUAUAAUCAGACAACGUUGGCAACAAUUGGUACAAAAACGAAUAAUAAAUAUGCAACAAGUAUUCAAUGAGGAAGAUGAAAAUUUUAUCGAAAACAUGAUCAAUUUGAUCACGGUAGCUGAUGAAUCAUAUGGUUUUGGAUCACAUCCAAAUAUUGGUCGUGCACCGCAGGUGAUGUCGACAUAUUUUUGUUCAACAAUUCGAAUUAAAAAAUAAUGUUUCAAUUUUUGUUGACACCUGUUGCAUAUUUUUUUCAAAUGAAUGACAUGUUUACCCAUCAUCAACA